ACGGAAAAUGUGAACCGAGCGUCGUCGUAUUGAUACCGAGGUCGCUAUUUCUGUGCCUAGUCUCUUCUUCGCUUUCAAGUGACACCUGCUACGUAAGCCGAACUGUCAGCAAACGCAGUUGAUAAUAUAAUUUAUCCAAAACGCGAGCUGAAUUCGCGUUCGCGAUAUUUGCGCGACCAGCUGACAUCAUCACGCGUGUGCGCGGGACGUGUCGCGACACAUGAAGAUGUAGAAAGGGACCACGUCGCGAUAAUUGCAAUUUAAAUAAGCAAGACAGUGCAUACGUACGCGCGUAUUUUAAUUGACACAUAUAUUAUCGACCGCGGUGUGUAUCAGUCCGCGGUGAAUUUCCCGGUCCUGUUCAAGCGGAUUUCGCUGUCAAGAUGAAGCUACACGAGAAAAAAGAAUCGGGCAUCCACAAGGUGCAGGAGGUGCCUCUCGAGGAACUUGAUCUGGCGAAGGAGUACAACGUGGAGAAAACUCUGGGCGAGGGUAGUUUCGCGAAGGUCUUAUUGGCGACGCACAGAGCGAGCCAGACGAGAGUGGUCUUGAAGGCCGUUCAUCAAGAACUCACGUCGGAAAAGGACUUUUUCCGCGAGUUUCAUUACUCGUAUCAUCUGAGCCCGCAUCCCAAUAUACUCUGUUCGUACGCGGUCGCCUUCAAGGCGGAGAAAUGUUUCGUUUUCGCGCAGGAAUACGCGCCGUACGGCGAUCUCGCGGGCAACGUGAAAGCCGGCGGACUGAGCGAGGACGCCUGCAAGAGAAUCGCCGGCCAGCUCGCCUCGGCCCUCGAUUUCAUCCACUCGAAGCAGCUGGCUCAUCGAGACAUCAAGCUCGAGAACGUGCUGGUGUUCGAGCAGGAUAUGAGCAAGGUGAAGCUCUGCGAUUUCGGUUGCACGAGACGCGAAGGCACCUUAGUCAACAAGAUCCGUUGCAUUUGGGUGCCUUUUCAACCGCCCGAAAUACACGAGGUCAUCAAGAACGAGAGGUACGCGUGCAAGAGGAGCUCCGACUGCUGGCAAUUCGGAAUCGUUCUGUUUGUCUGUCUGACCGGCAACCCGCCGUGGCAGAGCGCCGACCCGAUCCAAGACCCGGACUACUCGGCCUUUCAGCGAUGGCUGAAGAGACGCACCACCAAGAUCCCGCCUACUUUCCGACGAUUCACACCCAGACUGUUGCGAUACUUCAGGCGAGCGUUCGAGCAUAAACCGGAGAAGAGGCCGCACGUAACCGAGAUCAAUAAGUAUCUGAAGGACUCGUGGUGCAUCAGCAAGAUCAGUCACAGCGCGACGUCAACGUCGGUCGACGUCAGCGAGAGCCUCAACAGACGAGCGGACAGCCUACUCUACCUCGACACAAUCCUGGACGACCGGAACAACAUGGACGAGAACAAGAACAAGCUGAGGAAACUUCUCAACAGCUACGGCCUGGAAACCACGGUAGAUCAGAAGGUGGUCACCAAAAGAAUAUGGGAGUGGGUGAUGCAGUGCGACUCUAACAUCGACAUGGAGCCUGGCCUCAUCAGUGGCUUCAGUACGGAGGAUAUGUGAGAGCUAGCGAAGUCCUGCAGCGAGCCAUGCCUUCGAGCUGCCCACGAGGAAUCGAACAAGUUCCGCAUAGGCAGCUUCCACGUGUCGACCUCAUACAGAUGUGCCAAAUAAUAACACAAUCGGAGCGGAGAAACACUUCCACGAAGAACCCCGAAGAGAAGAAUUUAACGAGAAGAAAUCACGGCCCUUAUUCUCCGGUGACGUUCCAGAAAAAAAUGUCGAAAUGUUAGACACGGGCGGACCAAUUAUUGAUGAACUUCCUUAAUUAAGUAAGAAACGCGAGCGAGUUUGAGAGAUAACGAAUGAUAAUUGCAAUCGUGUUGACAAAUAUGAAACGACGAUUUUCUCGUAAUUCCAAAAAAAAAGUAGAAACUUGGAAACAUAAAAGCGUUCAAAAGACGUAACAAAAAAAAAAAAA